UUUUUAUUGUAUGCUGAUGAAGAUGUCAAUUUUGCCACUGAAAUGGUGGACAAAUUGGAAAAUGAAUGUGACUUGAAGCUUUGUUUAAAAGACCGUGAUUUAAUCGGUGGAGUUACAUUUGAACAUGAAGCUGUAAUGACUCUGAUAUCAGAACGAUGUGACCGACUAAUUGUUAUAGUAUCACCAAAUUUUCUUAAAAGUUCAGCAAAUAAAUUCUUUUUGAAUUAUGCCCAAGCAUUGGGCAUUGAUAAGCGACAAAGGAAAGUCAUACCAUGUUUGUAUUAAAAAUGUCAAUUACUACCACAAUUGGAAUAUAUGGUUAUAUUGGAUUAUAAUAGGGUAGGUUUGUAUAACUUUUGGAAAAAAUUAAGAGACUCUGUAGAAACAACGAAUAAAAUAAAUGAAAGUGCUAACAUUUCUCCUGUGAAAGAGGAUCAUCAUAAUACUUCUGAUACAUACAAUAAAAGUGAAAAAGAUAAAGAAAGUACAAAAGAUGUGAAAUCUUUAGAAAUACAAAAGCUUCAGCUACAAGAUAGCAAAGAAGCAUUUAAUAUGAAGGAAAAUUUAAAUUAUUCUGAAUUUGACAGUAUACAUCAUUCUAAAGAUAAUCACAAAAAGCAUAAUUUUCUACAAUGAACUAAAAGGAAAUUGUGUAAGAAAGGAGAGGAUAAUAAAAAGGAAUAUACACCAAUUACAGAAACUGUCAGUUUACCAUCUAUUGAAAACCUAGAUUCAUUGAGUACAUCAACAGAUUUA